AUGGCUUUCCAUCCAGAAAAGCUGCUUCAGCUUCAUCUUCCCCACUUGAUGAUGAUAACUGUUUUCCUCUUCCUCAUAAUCCCCUGCGCAUCUCAGAUAUCGUUCAACUACACCGAUUUCUCUCAAGCUAACAACGAAGCUAUAACAAUGGCAGGAAACGCUUCAAUCUCAGGUUCAGCCAUCCAACUCACACCAAAUGCAGUGGAGAAUUGGGGUCGUGCCACGUAUUCCGAAACCAUGCAUCUCUGGGAAAAGAAUACAGGGAUAGUCGCCAACUUCACCACCAUCUUCUCUUUUAUCAUCUCUUCGGAAGGCGCCGACAGAUACUCAGAUGGGCUAAGCUUCUUCCUCGCAAGCCCCGAUUUCCCUCCACCUAUUCCAACAGACGGCUCCGGCAUUGGCCUUGUCAGCCGCGACCAAAUGAGAGACUUAAGUUUCUUAGCUGCAAACAAAUUCGUCACCGUGGAAUUCGACACUUUCUGGAAUGCUAGAUGGGACCCACCUGAUCAGCUAGAUCGUGAGCACGUUGGAAUUAAUAUCAACAACAUCACAUCUCAAAACUCGACAACAUGGUAUAGCGUUAUUAAGGAGAAGAGAACAUACAGUUGUAGUAUUAGUUACGAUUCCAGCACACAAAAUUUAAGCGUCAGCUUCACUGGCUUCAGUAUUAAUUAUGAUCCCAUCCCAAUAAAACAACACCUUUCUUCUAUAGUUGAUUUGAGAGAUUAUUUACCAAAAAUGGUUGAAUUUGGCUUCUCGGCCGCGACGGGAAUGCUUUCCGAGUUGCAUAUUCUUAGCUCGUGGUCUUUUGAAUCGACAGCGCCACUUUUGAUUCAGAAUUCUCCACAACCAGAGCCAAACAAGAAUGAAAAAGAAAGCAAGGCGGCGGGUUUGGUGGUGGGGUUGAGCGUGGGUGCAUCAGCAUGCGUUUUAAUUGUAGGUGGUUUUGGGUUGGUUUGGGUUAUGAAGAGGAAGAAGAGUCGGGGUAAAGGGGGAGGAGAUGGGGAUUUGGAUUUGGAUUUUUCCAUGGACGACGAAUUUGAACGCAGUACAGGACCAGAGAAAUUCUCCUACAAAGAAUUGGCUCGUGCAACGAAUAAUUUUGCAAGGGAAAACAAGCUUGGAGAAGGAGGGUUCGGUGGGGUUUACAAAGGAUUUCUAAGAGAAAUGAAUUUCUACGUGGCGAUCAAGAGGGUGUCAAGGGGGUCUAAACAAGGGAUAAAGGAGUAUGCAUAUGAGGUGAAGAGUAUUAGCCGACUGAGGCAUAGGAAUCUCGUGCAACUCAUUGGUUGGUGUCAUGAAAACAAAGAUCUCUUACUUAUUUACGAGUUCAUGCUGAAUGGAAGCUUGGAUUCGCAUCUUUUCAAAGGUAAGAGCUUGUUAACAUGGGCGACGAGGUACAACGUAAAGAGGCUAUUCGUGUUUAACUCCAGUACAUAUUAUUUGGGUGGAGGGAAAUCGGGGCUUGUGAGGAAGAAGCUUAGCCCAUCUGAGUAUCUGUCGGCGCCUUCCGAAGAGAUGAUAAAAGAGAAGGUGGUGGUGAAGUUGGCGACUAUCCCUGUAUUCUUUUCCCAGAGAUGCAUGGUUUCGGAAUACGUGGCACGACCCCAAUUCUCCACUGCAUUUGGUGUGGGUUGGAUGGCUGAACCUGAGAUUGAAGCGUUUCCUGCCAUUGUUAUAGCUUCGUUGUUAGCUUGA